AACUCUUUGCCAUUAUACCACCACCACCAUCACCUUCCUCUUCAUCGUUAUCAUCACCACCAUCAUCAUCAUUGUCAUCAUCACCAUCAUCAUCAUCAUCAUCAUUAUCAGCAGCAUUAUCUCCGGUACAGUGAUGACCCGGGAGGAUGGAGAAGUUGUCGGCGAGCCUGUCGGAGAUCACUUGGAGCCCGUUGGCGCUGCCGUUGGACGCGGUGGUCAGCAAGUUCCGUCUGCCCACGCUGGUCCGCCUGGCCCACGGUGAAUGCGUGGAGGGUCUGUCGGAGGAGGAUGUGGUGCUGUUACACUCCUGUCGUCAAUGGACCACAGUGACGGCGCACAGCUUAGAGGAGGGACACUACGUCAUUGGACCCAAGAUAGACAUCCCUCUGCAGUACCAGGGAAAGUUCAAGCUGUUGGAUGAAGACCGGGACAUUAGGGAUCCCGUCCAGUAUUUCUCCAGCGUGGAGGAAGUUGCCGGAGUCUUCCCUGAUCGGGUCUUUGUCAUGGAAACGAUCACUUUCAGCGUCAAGGUGGUUUCAGGGGAGUUCAGCGAGGACAGUGAGCCCUACAGCUUCACUCUGCAGGCUGGAGAUGAGCUGUCACUCAUGGGGAAGGCGGAGCUUCUGUGUGCCACGCCCUCUAAGGAAAAGACGGGACUGAGUGCGCUGUUGAGACGCUUGGGGAAGACUCCCCGAAGUAAAACUCCCUGCCUGGUCUGUAUGAACCAUCGCACCAAUCAGAGCGUCAGCCUGCCCUUUGCCUGCCGUGGACGCUUUUGCACGCGCUCCCCUUUGGAGCAAGGCAUGCUGGGAGGAGAGCAUACGGUGCGCAGCAUCAUCGAGAGGGUUCGCCUCCCCGUCAAUGUGUCUGUUCCGUCACGGCCGCCGCGAAACCCCUACGACCGCCACGCGGUGAGAGAGGGCCACCGCUACAAGCUGCUCAACAUCGUAAGCAAGACGGUGGUGCUCUGCAUGGUGCUCCGCCGACAGGAAGUCUCCCCCUCCCACUUCCUCCUGCUGCGUUGCAUGCCCCGCUUCAACGUGGCCGAAGCCUCUGUCCACACGGCGGCGCUGGAGAGCCUGCUGCUACGGCACGCGUUCGACCCCGACGCCUACUCUCGUGCAGUUCGGGAAACCCGGCCCGAGCUGGAGUGUAUGACGGAGGAGUGUAUGAGCCCGCGGCGCUCUCGCAUGUGUGUCUCGGGUCAGGACUCUUUGGCGCCGGCGCUGCAGAGGCUGUCCAUGUGCGGGUACGGGGGCGGGGUUUCAGACAACCUAUCACAGCGCUGCAGGGACUCUCUCGGAGACCGAAUGGGGGAGGGGCCAGGUGAGGAGAGGGAGUAUAUGACCCCUGAGUGGACUGAGGCUGAAAUGAGGACCAGUGAGGAGAUCCCGUAUGAGGAACUUUGGACCAAUCAGAACGCAGAGGGUUUAGGAAAGGAGCCAAACCUCAUCUCCUUUCAUUCGUCCUCCUCACUGGAUGGUUCUCUUGGUACCGUGGUGACAAGAGUGUCUACCCCGCCACCUGUACCUCCAAAAUCUGAUGCUGUGAGAGAGGAAUGUCGCUACUUGAUCGCCCCUCCGGUACCCCCUCGUUGCUCUAAAGGAGGCUCCAUCUCCAGUCCAGUUCCCAGCCCUCCUGUUCCACCUCGCUUCCCCAAAUCGUCCACCUCCCCCAGACCUAACCUCUCCUUCUACUCCUCCGGACUGCAGGACAGCUGUUCGCCCUCUCCAGAUGCUUCUCUCUACUGUUACCCGUGCUCCUGGGCUGACUGCCCCGCCCCAAACCCUGCCAGUCCCGAGCCAGUCUCCACCCUCCCUGCAGACAACGCAGCCAAUCCUCAGCCAGCACAGGCCACCUGGGCAGAGCCGUGGGUGGACUCCUUCACCUCCGGGCCUCGACUGAGGCCGCCGCCCCCGCAGAGUCGCUUCGCUCCUUUCGGAGCUUUGAACCCUUUCAACCGCCAGUCGCCUUGCCCCUCCCCUGAGCCCGCUGCCAAUCCUGUAACAGAUUCCUCCAGAGGUGCAGAGGGGGGUGGGACAUCCACAGGGGUGACUGAAGGGUUGGCACCACCUACUGACCCCACCUGGCGGCCUCCUGCUGACCUGUCUGCGCUGUCAUUGGAGGAAGUGUCGGCCUGUCUGCGGUUCAUCGGCCUAUCAGAGGCGGCGGUGUCGGUGUUCCAGAGGGAGCGGAUCGACGGCAGCCUCCUGGUGCAGCUGACUGAGGACAUCCUGUCACAUGACUUCCAUCUGAGCCGACUCCAUGUCACCAAGAUCACACAGUUCAUACAGGGAUGGAGGCCCAAGAUCUAACACACACACACACACACACACACACACACACACACACACAUAUAUAUAUAUAUAUACACACACACACACACACACACACACACACACACACACACACACACACACACACACACACACACACACACACACACACAGUCCUGAUAAUGUGCCUGUUGGCUGCUGAGCCAUCCUGAAUGUGCCUUUCACUGUGACCAACCGGCUGCUGAGCCCCCAAUGACUGAAGCAGAGACUCUGCUGCAGGAAACCACGCCUCCCUGUGGCCAAACUACGGAACUGACACUUGACUGGUUCCCACGCCAGGAAUCUCUGACUGACUGACUGACUGAAUAUUUCCUGUCUGAAUCACAGACUGGGACUAGUUUACUAACAAAUGGCUACAAGGUGACCUGUUUAAAUGUCAACCAGAACACAUCUCAUGCUAUAAGACAGCAGAAAGGUUCCUAGCACAACUCAGAUUUACGCAGCCUCUGUGCUGUGGUGCUUUAAUUGCAAAAAAGUCCAGUUUAAACUAUGAAAUGAGAGGUUAACUUGCCUUCAUUGGAAUAAAAAAUAUUUUGACUAUAUAAAAAAAUCAGCUCAACAGCUUUAGACAGGCAUGUAUCAACAUCAAUCACAUCUUGCAUUAUUUUCACCACAGUAAGGGUUUAGGUGAGUUUUUGUAAUAUAAGGGACAUAAAGGAAUUCACAGCCUUCACAGUAGGAGAUAUUACUGCAUAAAUGUACCACUGAGCCUGUCCUUGACCUGCUGAGCGUUUGUGGCCUGUGAUUGAUAUGAACAACAAAGUCAGAAAUAUUAAAAGUAAGAAAAGAACACUACACAAAGUCAGAAAUCUCAGCAUACAAUGAAGUUAUUCCUCAGUUCAUGAUCCAUUGAACCAUCACUGCAUUUACAGCUUUUUGUAUCAAGGCCACUUUGUAUUUUUUGAGACAGUGCCACUUUUUUUUUUUUUUUUUUAUUAACAUCCCCUUAAUUGUAACACAAGAUGUCGUUCAGCCUGUAGUCAGAUCCACAGAUGUUGCUGCCUCAGAAAUAGGAGAUCUUAAAAAAAUGUACCUCAGAUCACUUGUUUGAGAUGCUUGAUUUUAGCCAUUCGUAAUAAUAAAUGAAAUCAUGCU